AUGGAACAGAAUCCUUACCAGAUUCAGCCUGGGCCCAAGACCCGUGACACAGCUACUCCCAUGGUUCUUUUUCACGAUGCUGGAGGCACUAUCUUCCCAUACUUUCGCCUUGCUGAUCUGCACCGACCGGUGUACGGCAUCAGUAACGCGCGUUUUAACGAGGGAGGGCAUUGGCAGCAUGGGUUCCGUCAGAUGGGCGUGGUAUACACGCACCUAGUAAGGUCGGUAAUCCCUUCAGGCAACAUUUUCCUGGGAGGAUGGUCUCUCGGGGGCUCCCUGGCGCUGGAAGUGGCAGCUCGACUCAUGAAACUGCCCCAAUACAAGGUGCAAGGAGUCAUUCUAAUUGACAGUAUCUUUCUUACGGAAUCUGUCAAGGCCCAUUGCCCAACCACCCUGGACGAAUUCGUCGCCAGCUUCAAAUUUCCAUCUCAAAUAUCUGACACUCAUUUGGCGCAGGCUAAGCAAUGUGUUCUGCAUUGUUACCAGGCCCAAUGUGGCUGGCAGCCACCGCCUCUUUCAUCCCGUCCACCUGCAGUGCUCCUGCGCGCGACAGACCCGGUGAAUCCGGAGGUUGAAGAAAUGCACUUUCUAGACGGUGUCAGGAGUUCUACGUAUCUUGGGUGGGAAGACUGCGACGCGAGCUUCAUCGUGGCUUCUCUGGAGGUUGCCGGCAGUCAUUUUACGCUCUUUGAUAGCCCACAUAACGAGACAAUAACGAGCCAAAUCCAACGUGCGUGUUCGAUACUGAUAGAGACACGGUCAUAG